CCAAAAACUGAAACCAUCACUUACUCACCUAGUCCAAUCACAUCAAAUCAUCUGGAAAAGCAACAUUUCUCCUGCAACAAUUCUCAAUCAGUAACUCAAUUCAUCAUAGCAUCAUCAUAUUAGUUAGGGUUUUGAAAAACCAGUACCACAACAAAUUCAAAACCCUAAAUUCCCAAAACCCAUCACACACUGUAAAAUCCACUCCACUGAUUUGCAAAUCCACAUUCAUCUACCAUGGAAGACAGGGUCACCAACUUACCAGACGAACUCCUCUGCCACAUUCUCUCUUUCCUCCCAACCAAAGAAGCCAUAGCCACAACCAUUCUCUCCAAACGAUGGACCAAUCUAUGGCGUUCAGUCUCCACUCUCGACUUCAACGAUUCCACCUAUGGCGGAGACAAACAUUCCCGCUUCAUCCAAUCAGUCUACGCAGUUCUCCUCUCCCGAAAUCUCAACCAACCCAUCAAGAAAUUCCGACUUCGCUGUUCCAUUCGACCCUCCUUGCUCGACUCUGACUAUGCCAGCUUCUGGGUCGACGCGGUUUUGCAACGUCGAGCUGAGCACAUUGAUAUCUCACUCCCUUUUGUCUCACCCAUUAGAGUUCACUCCAACUUGUGUUUCUUCAAUUGUAGAACUCUUGUGGUUCUCAAGUUGAAGGGGAUAGGGUUGAAUUUGAAGCAUUUUUCCUCUGUUGUUGAACUGCCUUUGGUUAAAGUUCUUCAUAUGCAAACUGUGCUUCUUCCAGAUUGUGGAAGUUUCGCCGACAUUCUUACCGGAUGUCCGGUUCUUGAGGAUUUGAAAGCAAGGAAUUUAUAUUUUACAAAAUAUGACAAUGAGAGGGAGUUUAAUAUUUUACCUAAGUUGGUCGGAGCAGAAAUUUCAUGGGAACCUUUGGAUAUUUUUAUGGUGAAAUUGGUUAACAAUGUCAAUUUUUUGCGAAUACGUGAUAUUGAUUUUAGACUCCUUCCUUAUGGUGGUGAAGAUAUAGAUAUGUUUCACAAUUUAACCCGUGUUGAACUUGUCUAUACCGGUCAUACUCAUGAUUGGCUUGAUGUGGUGGAAUUUCUCAAGUAUUGCCCCAAGCUUCAAGUUCUUGUCAUUAAACAGCCACAGGUUGAUGGCUACUACACUGUUGGUGAACUCAGAGGAAACGAUUGGCAAUACCCAUCAUCUGUUCCUAAAUGCAUUCUAUUUCACCUUAAAGAAUGCUAUCUAAAUAAUUAUAGAGGCACAAAAGGUGAGUUUAAGUUUGCAAGAUAUAUUAUGCGGAAUGGAAGAUUUUUAAAGAAGAUGACAAUAUGCAAGUGCACUGCUGUGAAGCAACUAGGAAAGCCUAACGAUAUUAAAAAAUUAUUCUCAUGCUCGGCGCGCUCUGCAACUUGUAAACUUUACUUUAAAAUUUAAAUGAUAACAAACUAGCUACUUAAAAGGAUGUGGACCUUGUCUUAGUUUUGAAAUUAGUUGAACUGUCUCUUUAUUGAUAAUUACUUGAAAAUUUGAGAUAUACUGCUCAAGUGUGAGACAAUUGUAUUGUAUGCCUGAUCUUGUGCAAACCUCCAUGAUUUCUCUCGAACAAACACAGUCGCUCACACAAAAGUCAAACAUUUAGUUGUUUGUUCAUAAAUA